AUGGAAGACAAGAAGAAAGAGGAGAAACCAGAAGAGGAAUUUACAGAACCUGAAUCAGACUUCCCAGAAGCCUUACUAGAAUAUGAAAUCGAGGCAAAAGAAACAGCACUUGAUGAAACGUUGUUUGAUCUGAAAGAAGCUGAAAAAAAGAACAAAGAAUGUCACAAAAGACAUGACCUUCUGAAGGAAGAAAAGCAGGCACACAUCAGGCGUAUCCUAAGGCAAUUAGAAGAAGAGGAGAAAAACCAAGAUAAAAAGGAGGUUGUAACCAGGGAUGAUGUGGAAGAUUCACUGAAAACAGUAUGGCAGUAUGAAAAGGACCAAGAACAGCUUCUGAAAGAUAUACAAGCCGAGAUUGAAGAAACUGAGAAAAGAAUUUCAGUAAUGCAGGCUGAGAGAGAUUAUUGGUUGGAGUACAAAAAUGUAGGAAGUAAAACAGAUGCCAACAAGAUUAUGAAUUUGGAAAAAGACAUUCAGGAAGUCAAAGAUGACCUUCAAAGGACUACAGAAUAUUUUAGAAGUACUUUGAAAGCAAUGAAAGAAGAAAAUGACAGACAGGUUCUGAAGCACAUGGAGCUAACUAAGGAACAGGCUCCUGAGGAUGCUGUGAGAGACUUAGACAAAGACACCAUCAGAGAAAUUGAAGAGAAUGAAUGGCUAAAAGCAGAGAUUAAGAUUUACCAAAAGGAAUUAAGUGAUUUGCAAGCCUCUGUUCAGCUCCUGGAAGAAGAAAAUAUCAGUUUAGUGGCAAAACUGGUUGAUGACAGACUUCAGGAGCCAAGAGCACCCAGGCAUUUGUUUCCUGCCCAGGCAGCUGACUCACAAGAUGAAUUUCCUAAGGAUGAAAUGAAAGAAGUAGAGGAUAGAGAGCAUGCAGUGAAAGCAGAUGGAGGUGAAAACCUCAGAAGUGCCUCAGUCCCCUGUCAAAAAGGUAAGGCCUUAGCAAAGACUCAGUCCAAAAGAGAGCACAAGAAGGCUCAAGACAGUGAUGAGAAGCUGCGGGAAAAGUUUUUCACUCCAAGUCUUGAAAAGUUGUUGUAUGAAGAUGGAGAAGAUUCCCAGGAAUAUUUAAAACUGGGUCCUGUGGAUACAAGGCUACUGUGUGUGGUUGGAAGAACCAUGCCUGUUCAUGAAGAUGCAGACUACGUGAGCUAUGAGGAAGCUGGUACAUCAGGCAGGCACAUCACAGCUCGGAUGAUCAAGGCCUUAUCUGAAGAAGAGGUUAGUUAA